AUGGUCCAAGAGCUACAUACUUACGACUACGUGGUAGUCGGGGGCGGCAUUUCGGGCGUGGUGGUAGCCUCACGCCUCCACGAAUCGUUGCCUUCAGCGUCGAUUGCCUUGAUUGAAGCAGGAAAAGACGAGUCCGAGUUCGAGCUGGCCAAGUACACCAAAUACAUUGCCGCGGUGCGAGGGUCGAGCAUCGACUACAGCUAUGACACAGUCCCUCAGUUGCAUAUGGAUGGCACACGUAAAAAGGCAUGGGCAGGACGUGCGCUUUCAGGAGGUGGAGCAAUCAACGUUGGCGCUUGGAUGCGUGGCCCAGCAGUCGACUAUGAGCGAUGGGCCAAGCUUGCUGAUGAUGACUCGUGGACCUUUGACAAGCUGCUCCCCUUCUUCCGCAAGUCUGAGACUUUUUUGAAGGACAACCCUGAUCCGGUCCUCCACGGCACUCAAGGUCCCAUGGACGUGCAGCUGAUGAAAGACAUCCGCCGGGGCAAGUGCUACCCUUUGGCUGAGCCACUCAAGCAAGCGUGGCUUGAAGUCGAUCCCUCUUUGCCCUGGAACGAGGAUAUCAACAAUGGGUAUCCUCUCGGCAUGGGCGACUGCGCUUCAACUCUGAUCGGGGGUGAGAGACAGUUCCCUCAUCAGAAAUUUCCGCUCGAUGGCGUGAAAAUCUUCACCAAAAGUAUCGUGGCCCGAGUCCUUCUCCGACGGGAUCCGUCAAGUCCUCUCCCAGUUGCUGUUGGCGUUGAGCUCGUCGAUGGUCAAAAGAUUCACGCCAACAAGGAAGUCAUUAUUUGCGCCGGCGCCUUCAACUCACCUAAGAUUCUAUUACUGUCCGGCAUCGGGCCAGCGUUAGAAAUCCACCAGCAUGGCAUCCCAGUCGAGGUCGACCUCCCUGAGGUUGGAAAAGGGUUCCGUGACGACAUUGUCAUGCGCGUGGCUUGGAGACUGCGUCACCCAGAGCGUGGUCUAUCGCUGGGUUCUCCAGCGCUCACGGACCCCGACUUGGUCAAUAAUCUGCCGCUCGACUUCUUCGUCUGGACGCAGUGUCCUAUGGAUGAGGUACGCAAGGCACUGGAGAAGGAUGGAAUCGUGGACCAAGAACAUGAGCUCCUCCACCCGAAGGUAGUUCAUCAGGAGAAUUAUAUCAUGUGGAUGGCGGGCCGCUCGGACGCGUUGCUCGCAAAGCUCGGUCUUUCCAACGACGGGAAGUUCAUGUGCACGAGCACGUAUAACCUACACCCUACCUCCGUGGGCUCCAUCACGCUCUCGUCCGCGGAUCCCCUGGCGCCGCCGGUGAUUGAUCCCAACUACUAUGCCACCGAGACAGACCGCGUGAUCUGGCGCGAUGCUCUCCGAAAGCAGAUGCGGGUACUUCUAGACACACCAAGCGGUAAAUCAUUCGUUGUGGAAGAGGCUCCUCCCCCGGGCUACCCUCAACUCACUCUGGACUCGUCCGACAGAGAAAUCGACAGACGAGUGGGCGCCUUUGGCGAGACAGGUUCACAUCCAUCGGGUUCCUGCGCCAUGGGCAAAGUGGUGGACUCUCGCCUCCGCGUCAAAGGCGUGCGAGGGUUGAGGGUCGUCGAUGCAAGCAUUUUCCCGGGUCCGAUUGCCACACAUAUCCAAGCUGGUGUUUACGUGGUGGCUGAAAAGGGCGCCGACAUGAUAGCGGCCGACGCGAAACCGAGGGCACUAUCUGCGGAGAAAUUGUGA